AUGGCGCAGUACUUUGGACAGAUUCCCUUCUCUCCAGCACCUCCUGGAGUCCCGGAUUGUCCUGGUGCUCCUGGAUUUCCAUCGGCUCCUGGCUUUCCUGGAUUUCCAUUUGGUCCCUUUGGUCCAGCUGGUCCUUGUGGUCCUGGUGCUCCUGGAGUGAUUGGCUCGGAUGGUGCGUCUUGUCCUGGCUGUCCUGGUGCUCCUGGUGCUCCUGGAUUUCCGUUUGGUCCCGAUGGUCCCUUGUUUCCUGGCGCUCCCGGUUGUCCGUCUUGUCCUGGUUGUCCUGGCUGUCCGUUGCCUCCAGCAUCUCCGGAUGGUCCUGGUGGUCCUGGUGGUCCGGGUGGUCCUUGUGGGCAUGGUUGGCAUGGUGGUGGAGUGAUUGGGUCACAUGGUUGCUGUGGUGGGCGUCCUGGGUUUCCUGGAAGUCCUGGUGCUCCUGGCUUUCCUGGACGUCCUGGCUUUCCUGGGGUUCCGGCGGGUCCAGCGGCUCCUGGAAGACAGCAAGCAUCACAUCCUCCGGCAGACGCGGAUCCUCCGGUCACUCCAGCGUCAUAA